AUGCAGUUGAAUCAGCAGCUCUAUCAGAUACAAAGUGCUAAGCGAUGCCGGAUUGUUCUCGACGAUAUCUGGGAGACUUGUCACUGGGAUGGCCUCAAACAUGCCUUCCUUGCCCGCACCUCGCAAAGCAAAAUCUUGAUCACCACGUGCAAACAAGCUAUAGUAGAGUUAGGGAUUUAUUAUGUGUCUAGGAUGGAAGUUGAGCUUCUAAAAGAGGAUGAUGCUUGGGACUUACUCAAGAAGAAGACAUUUCCCCCUGACAUCAAUCCAGAGUUUGUACGUGAAGAAUCUACGUGCACACUUGGGAAGCAAAUGGUAAAGAAAUGUGGUUAUUUGCCUCUAGCAAUCUCUUUACUUGGAGGGGUCUUGAAUGAGAGAAAUUCAACGAGAGAGUGGGAGUUGGUGAAUGAAAAUAUGGAUGCAUACUUAUACAACGUCGGAGAUGGAGAUGGAGAUGGAGAUGGAAAUGAAAGUAAACUGGAAGCGGUAGUAAAUUUAAGUUAUGAUGAUUUACCUUAUCAUUUGAAGCUGUGCUUUCUGUAUUUGGGUGUAUUGAGAGAUGGUGAAAGCAUGGCUGCUGUUGAUCUAUACAGAAUAUGGAUAUCACAGGGCAUGAUUUCAGAGGAGAAUAGUGAUAAAUCUCCGAUGGAGCUUGCAGAGGACUACUUAAGACAGCUGGUCUCGAAGAGCAUUGUCCAAGCCAAACGUAAAGAUGCCAGACAUAGAACGAAAUAUACGUCAUGCAACCUUCAUUGUGUAGUAAGAAAGCUAUGUUUGUCGAUGGGGAAAAAGGAGCACUACCAGGUGCAAACUCUCGAGUACACAGGUGGAAGAUUUAGUUCCUUUGUAGAUCAUGCCCUGUCACGUGUUAAAACGCGACAUUUGGUUAUCCAUUUCAAAGCAGAGUUGCAAGAAGAUGAUGGUGAAUGGAGGGUAAAUAUUGAGCUUCCAAGCACAGUUGAUUUUCGAAGAUUCAAAUCACUCAGAAGUCUAGCUUUCGAGGGAUUCAAAUUUGUGCGAGGAAAGCUACCAAGAGGGGGUUACUCGUCUUGUUCACCUCAGAAAUCUGCGUUUCCGGAAAUGGAAAGAAUUGGGGAUUAUCGAUUGAAAUUGGAUAAGGGUAUAGAUCAGUUGGAGGCUCUACUGGUACAGGGGCUGAACAGUUCAGUGCAUGAGAAUAGUUGUUAUAAGAGAAUGAAGAAGCUCCGACGUUUCUCAGCGUAUAUAUUUGACAAGGAAAGCUAUACAGCUAUUAUGAAAGCCAUUGAUUCAAACUGGGAAAGGUUGGUGUACACUUUUAUAGUAGUGGAAGAAGGUUGGGAGUUCACAUCAACGAACUUGAACCAAGCAUUCACAUGCCGGAAUCUUACUGACUUGGUGAUUCAUGCUCAUUUGGGGAGGCUACUAACGGAGUGCAGGAGCAACAUCAUUUGCUCAAACAUAGCAAUAUUAUGCUUUAACAAAGGCAAAAUUGAGGAAGAUCCAAUGGAGGUGUUUGAACUGAAUGACUUGCAAGAGUUGAGGGAGUGGAAAGUUGAUGAAGGUGCCAUGCCUCUUCUAUCGCAUUUGUAUAUUCGCCGUUGUCUUGGUAUGGAGAUGGUUCCACAAGGAUUGAGUGCUAUUUCUAAUCUUCAAGAUCUGAUCAUUGAAGGAAUGCCAGAAUUGGGAAGAAGGGUUAUGUCUGAUAAUGGUGGUAGAGAAGGAGAGGAUUUUCACAAAGUUCGCCAUGUCAGUAAAAUUACCAUCAAAUAA